AUGACGACGUCUAUCUCGAGGACAGAUAAACGUUCACUGCUAUGCACUUUGAUACUUGUACCUUUGGUUGUUGUGCUGCUGGUGCUCAGCUGGUUCCGUGGUGGGAUUCCUAAUCAGCAAAAUGAGCCAUCUUCUCCCGAGGAUUCCGUUCAUCCUACUGAGCAUGUUGUCGCCGGCUACUUUGUCGACUGGGCGAUCUAUGAUCGAGGAUAUGGUGUUGCUGAUCUUGCCAAGGAAAGUGAUAAGCUUUCUCAUGUACUCUAUGCCUUUGCCAAUUUGAUGGAUGAUGGCACGAUAGUGCUCGGGGAUGAUUGGGCUGACAAGGACAAGCAUUUCACUGAAGAUGAGACGUUUAAUCAUCAACCUGAUAAUUGGAAUGAUAUUGGCACCAAUUUGUAUGGCAAUCUAAAGCAAUUGUAUCUCCUCAAGCAACGCAAUCGCAAUCUCAAGGUGUCAUUAAGUGUUGGCGGAUGGUCGUGGAGCACCAAUUUUACCACUGUUGCCAAGGAUCCUGCCAAGCGUGCUCGUUUUGCCGAAUCAGCUCUUCAACAUGUACAAGACUAUGGCCUCGAUGGAUUGGACGUUGACUGGGAACACCCAAAGGACGAUGAAGAAGCACAAGCCUAUGUUGAUCUCCUUCAUGAUUUGCGUGAAAAGCUUACCAACAAGUAUCUUAUUUCGGUUGCUGUGUCUUCGGGUGCCGAGGUGUAUCGUAAAAUGCAUCUCAAGGAUAUGGCUCAGCAUUUGGAUUUCUUUUACAUCAUGGCCUAUGAUCUUGCAGGUGCCUGGGAUCCUGUCAUUGGACAUCAAGCUGCACUCUAUGGUACGCUUUCGGUCAAAUCCGCCAUUGACGAUUACUUGGCUGCUGGUGUACCUGCACAAAAGAUCAUCAUGGGUAUCCCUGCUUAUGGACGUGCAUUUUCAAAGGUCAAGAGUGCCAAACCUGGCAGCAGCUUUAACGGUGUGCCUCAAGGAUCAUGGGAAGAAGGCUCAUUUGAUUACAAGGAUUUACCUCGUCCUGGUGCCACUGAACAUAUUGAUGAGGAAGCCAUGGCAUCAUACUCAUACGAUCCCAAAAAGCACGAGUUUGUUACAUACGAUAACCCGUACAUUGUCGAAAAGAAGUGCGAUCUUGUUCGUGAAUUAGGAUUGGGCGGCGUCAUGUUUUGGGAGCUUUCGGCUGACAACCAUGGAUCUGAAGACCGAAGCUUGUUGUACGCUGCAUCCCGUGCCUUUGGUGGAAACAUUGAUACCACACGCAACCAUUUGGAUUACCCACAAAGCCGCUUUGAUAACAUUCGCAACAAAAUGCAAUCGUAA